CCGCAGCGACCCAAGUGGAGAAGGAGCCACGGAGCCGGCUCCGAUCCCCCGGUUCCAGUCUCCCCUCCGCCCUCGAGCCAGUCCAUGGCGGCUCCCGACCUGGAGCACCGCUCGAAAGAAGAGAUGCGCAUCCUCAAUCUGGGAGGCCAUGUGGGUUUUGACAGCCUCCCAGACCAGCUGGUCAGUAAGUCCGUAUCUCAGGGCUUCAGCUUCAACAUCCUUUGUGUGGGGGAAACAGGCAUUGGAAAGUCUACACUGAUGAACACACUCUUCAACACUAUAUUUGAGACAGAAGAGUCUGGACACUAUGAGACCUGUGUACGCCUCCGGCCACGCACUUAUGAUCUCCAGGAAAGCAAUGUGCACCUUAAAUUGACCAUUGUGGAUGCAGUCGGUUUUGGAGACCAGAUCAAUAAGGAUGAGAGGCCUAUAGUUGACUACAUUGAUACGCAGUUUGAAAACUACCUUCAGGAAGAGCUGAAGAUUCAGCGCUCUCUAUUUGACUAUCAUGACAUGCGGAUCCAUGUCUGUCUCUAUUUCAUCACACCCACUGGACAUUCCCUCAAGUCGCUGGACCUGGUGACCAUGAAGAAGCUGGAUAGCAAGGUGAACAUUAUCCCUAUCAUUGCCAAAGCUGACACCAUCUCCAAGAGUGAACUGCAUAAGUUCAAAAGCAAGAUCAUGAGUGAACUGGAUCAAAAUGGAGUCCAGAUCUAUCAGUUCCCUACAGAUGAUGAAGCUGUGGCAGAGAUCAAUGCUGUAAUGAAUGCCCAUCUUCCCUUUGCUGUGGUUGGCAGUACUGAUGAAGUAAAAGUUGGGAACAAACUGGUUCGAGCUGGGCAGUACCCCUGGGGUGUUGUGCAAGUGGAGAAUGAGAGUCACUGUGACUUUGUGAAACUCCGGGAGAUGCUGAUCCGUGUGAACAUGGAGGAUCUCCGAGAACAGACACACAGCAAACACUAUGAAUUGUACCGGCGCCAUAAGCUUGAAGAGAUGGGCUUCCAGGACACAGCUGCAGAGAGCAAGCCUGUUAGCCUCCAGGAGACCUAUGAAACCAGGAGAAAGGAGUUCCUAGGUGAACUGCAGAAGAAGGAAGAAGAGAUGAGACAGAUGUUUGUGAACAAGGUGAAGGAGACAGAGUUGGAACUGAAAGAGAAAGAGAAGGAGCUUCAUGAGAAAUUUGAGCUCUUAAAGAGGACUCACCAGGAAGAAAAGCGGAAGGUGGAAGAAAAACGACGGCAACUUGAGGAGGAGAAAAUUGCCUUCAAUCGGAGGAAGGCAGCUGUUGAGGCCAUGCAGGUCCAAGCCUUACAGGCCACCUCACAGCAACCAUUGAGAAGAGACAAGGACAAGAAAAAUUAAAGCACGCACAGAUAUACAUGUCGAAUGGACUUUAGACUUUCAUGUGUUAAGUUGCUUGAGUUACCUACCACCUUGUGAUCCUUCUCCCAUAACAUGGUGUGAGGACAAACUGAGAGCCAGUACAGACUCCAGUGUUUACAGCAAAGGCUUAAUACUCCUCAUGGGGGCCACAGCACGUCAGGCCACACAGGCUGGGCUGCUCCCCCACCCCCAAGCAAAGACAAAAAAAAUGAUCUAAUGUUGGAACUGAAACUGACAAGGUUUAUUUUUUUCAGAACCAGUGCUUGGUCUUCCAUUUAUAGUGUCACCAUCUCUUGAUGGAGCAGUUUGUGCCGAUUUAAUGAAGCCCCUCGACCCCAGCUACGUUGUAUUUAACUGUUCAGAGUUGAGAUGGCUACUUACAAGGUGCCUGCCCUAGGUGUAACCAAACAGUCUGGUGUAUGUGCUGUGAAAUCCACUUGAAUUAUGUUAAUUUUUCUAAUCAUACUUUAACUUUCCUAAGAAUUUCUAAAAGACGUCUAAAUUUGUAUCUUGAUGCAAAUAAAGCCAAGUAACAUCCUUUCCCAUUA